AUGCGAGUGCUAGUUGUAAACUUUCAGAGUAUGCGUGCCAAACGCACAUCAUUCUGGCUCCUACUCGAGGAAAUAGACCCUGACAUUAUAAUCGGCAGCGAGACCUGGCUAUACCCUGCAGUCUACGAAAGAGAAAUACUCCCAGCAGGAUACCAUGUUAUCUCAAGGAGAGAUCGCACCCAAGACAGGCAUGGUGGCGUCAUCAUAGCCUCCAAAGAGACGAUAAUAGGUACCGACCUGAAUGUCAGCACGUCUGCAGAGUUUACAAAUGCAUCAUUCAUUUGCAGGGGCAAAGACCCACUCAUCAUUGCAUCGAUGUAUCGACCACCAAACUCCGAUCUUUCUUACACGGAAGAGGCAUGCACCCAGUUCCGUCAGCUCCACCUUUCCUACCCCAACUCGACUAUAUGGCUAGCAGGUGAUAUAAACCUACCAGACAUUGACUGGGACAGGAACACCAUCUCCAGCAACAGCUACUCCAAGCAGAUAAGCCAAGCAUUCCUGGAUGCGGUGAUGGACACAGGCUCCGAACAGAUGGUUGACUUCCCCACGAGAGGUAACAACACCCUAGACCUCUUCCUAACAAACCGUCCGUCCCUCAUAGAGCGCUGUAAACCAUUACCAGGCAUCAGCGACCACGAAGCUGUCUUCAUACAGGCCAGAUCCACAGCAGCCAGACUGAAGCCCUCCCCUAGGAAGAUCCUGCUUUGGAAAAAUGCCAAUACAACAGAGAUUAGCUCAGCCAUACUAGACUUCAGCAGAGAUUACACAUCUAGAUACACCAAAGAAACCAACAUCAACAUCCUAUGGAAGACAUUCAGAGACUUUGUCGAGACCUCUCUCCAAACACAUGUGCCCUCAAAGAUGACCUCUUCACGCUUCAAUCAACCCUGGAUUUCCCAGAAAACCAAGCGUCUCUCUAGAAGAAAGAAGAGGGCCUAUCUUAGGGCAAGAUCUACCCGCUCAGAGGCAGACAAGCUUCUCUACAAACAGGCUUGCAAAGAGACACAACAUGAGUGCAGGUGGCCCUACAACACAUACAUAAGGGACAUGGUGACCACAGACCGAAACCCAAAGAAACUGUACACACUGGUCAAAUCCAAGAGAUGCGACAGUUGUGGCAUAUCGCCCCUGAAGCAAGAUGGAUUGGCUCACAGCGACCCAACCACCAAAGCGACCAUACUAAACGACCAGUUUUGCAGCGUAUUCACAAGUGAGGACUCAACACAAAUUCCAUCACCUGGAGAUACCCAUUUCCCAGACAUGCCCAGCUUCACCAUUGGAGAGGAAGGAACAAGGAAGCUUCUGGCGAACCUUGACCCACACAAGGCAACAGGUCCGGACACCAUCCCCACCAAGUUCCUGAAAGACUACGCCCAAGAACUGGCACCAGUCCUCACACUACUCUUCUCUGCCUCACUCGACCAAGGGGAAGUGCCAUUAGAUUGGAAACAUGCAAAUGUCAUCCCAAUAUUUAAAAAGGUGACCGCAGUGACCCCGCCAACUACAGGCCUAUCUCACUAA